AUGCCACAACUUUGUACGAAUCCAAAUAUUUCGGCGGUAGCAUUAGCAAAGUGCCCUCGAAACUGCGGAUUGUGCAAUCAGCCUGGUGCAGGCGGUCGUUGCCCAGAUACUUCUCCUAAUUGUGCCGUGCUAGUGGCUCUCGCAGGCUGCAAUGAUACAAAUAUUCAGCAGAUGUGCAUGGGAACGUGCAACAUUAAAACUUGUUUAUCUACAACUGGAGGACCAUCUGUUCAGAUAUGUUCCGACGAUCGAGCAAACUGUGCACAAAUGCAACGCUAUUGCACUAUCGAACCAUUCACCGGUACAUUAAGACAACAGUGCAGAAAAACAUGCCGUGUAUGCACAUAA